GAAACUGCAGAUAUGGACAUUGAGGUCUUGGUGAUUUCAUCUGAGGGGGAUUUGAUUAAAAGGAAACUGGGGAGUAUUGAAAGACAGAGAAUUAUUAUUAACCAAAUUGCUCAUUCAUGGCUAAAUCUGCUCAACAAGUCUCUGCCUCAGUCCAAAUGCAUGGAAACAUGUCAGCCUGGAUUUGUCAAGAAGGCUCUAGAAGGAGAGUCAGUUUGCUGCCAUGACUGUUUGCCUUGUCCAGAAGGGACCAUCUCCACUCAGGAAGAUACUGAAAAGUACACCAAGUGCCCAAAUGAUCAAUACCCAACCAAGAACCGACUCCAAUGUAUCCCAAAAAGGAUAAUCUUCCUGUCCAAAGAUGAACAUCUCAGCAUCAACUUCAUCUCCUUUGGCCUACUCGUGUUCCUAACUACAGGGUUCAUCAUAAUCAUAUUCCUUCAAUAAUUAGAA